AUGCCCUACUUCGACACCGUCACCGACCGUUCGGUCUUGUCAUGGUGGCCUCUACCGCCGUCAGAACACAUCAACAAGGUGGCAACCUUGCCUGCGGCCAGCAGCUGGUCAACUGACCGGCUCCGCGCCGCCCGUCUCGUGGUUCGCAGCGCCACCGCCCGGUCUGAGAGGCCCCAGCGAGGCAACCUCAACGGCACACUGACCGAGACAGAGUUUGUCCACCAGUACGGCGCAAGUCUCGCGUCCUUUUGGGCCGCCCUUGCCCAGUUCGGCGACGUUCAGGGUCUUGAUAUCGAGGGCGGUGACUUGAACGAGGACGCCGACGAAGACGACAAACGCCCGUACAGCCCAGGGUCCGAUUCCUCCCACCCACACAAGCGAGUUCGGACACAAGUAGUGAAUCCAGUCUACCGCAACAGCACGACAAUGCGGGUCGGCUCCUCCAGCCCGUCGCGCGAGGGCGGCUCUCUGCAGGCGUCCCAGGGCUCCGACCCCGGCUAUGUUAGCCAAGGUCGCGCCGCGGCCGACGUUCCGGAGCACGCUACUGUCCGGAUUGCGUCUGCAUUCCUCCGCCACCUUCUCCAGUCUUGCCCGCCCCAACACGAGACGCAGCACUAUAUCCCCACGAACUUGGUCGAGGUCUCAGACGGAUCGCGCCGGUUUGUUGGCAAAACCGCCUAUGACGUGGCGACCGGAGCCACAGCGGAUGGGGAGCUGGUCCUGCACCGGCUUCGCAAUGACAGGUACAACCUCACCGGACACCGCCCAGCUCUCCUCGAAGCCAAGAAACGGUUCGCCGUCAUCAAGGAUGGGCGACCGGAAUUUACGGACUAG